AUGAGCAUUCCGAAAGCAGUAGCGGCGACGAUCCGAUUGAGAGUUCCAGCCGGCGGCGCACGUCCGGCGCCACCAGUGGGACCCGCGCUAGGUCAAUACCGUCUAAACCUAAUGGCGUUCUGCAAAGACUUCAAUGCGCGAACUCAGAAAUUCAAGCCAGACACACCAAUGGCGGUUACAAUAACAGCUUACAAAGACAACACGUUUGAGUUCAUAGUGAAAUCUCCGUCCGUCUCGUGGUACCUGAAGAAAGCCGCCGGAAUCGAAUUAGGCAGCACUCGUCCUGGUCACGUGACCGCCACGACUCUGUCUCUUCGGCACGUGUACGAGAUCGCUAAGGUGAAACAAUCCGAUCCGUUUUUGCAGAACAUGCCUCUUGAGUCGCUUUCGAACUCGAUUAUUGGUACUGCUAGUAGCAUGGGAAUUAAAAUUGUGAAGGAUCUUGAUUAA